AUGACUUCAACAUUGAGUUCAAGCGCGACGCUCACCGCUUCGCCAACGGCAUCGCCUUCAGAGACCAGCCGGGGCAGCGGUAGCGGGCCCAGUUCACCUUUACUCUUCUUCGUCGCACUGGGUUUCGGCGUUGUCUUUACCAAUCUAUGGAUCAUUGUUGGUGUGAAGUAUUGCUUCAGAUACAACCAGCGCAAUCGACAGCGAAUGGCCGGCGAGGAUCCUGAUGCUGUCGAUCUUGGUCAAAUGCCGCGACAGCAUCGCAGGCGGAGGGAGAAGAAACUCAUGACCAUGGACGAGGUGAAUGAGAAGUUCCCUCUGACCAAGUACAAGACCUGGCGAUCUACCCAGGCUGAGAAAGGCCUUCCGACUGCUGGAGGCAUUACCACAGACUCGACAAGUAGACCCGCUAGCAUCCGGGGCGUGCAGCGCGAGUCCAAAGACGAGCCCAAGCAUUCCGAACUUGCUACGUCUCAAACGACUUCCACUGCUGCCGAGGAAUUGCAAGCCAAAGAAGAGCAUGGGAAGCCAGAAGUUGUGAGUGGGUCAGAUGCACAACCAUCUUCACCACGUCCUAAGACGGCUGCAUCUUCUACGCCCGACACUCCCGUGCAGAAAGUAACGUCAAAUGAUGGCGAGGAGGAAGACGAUGAUCACAUUCAGACUGCCGUUCCUGCCGAACAGCUACCCGAUCCUGGCGACACAUGUGCAAUUUGCAUCGACACACUGGAAGACGAUGACGAUAUCCGUGGUCUUCUCUGUGGACACGCGUUCCAUGCUUCGUGUGUCGAUCCGUGGCUGACGUCUCGUCGGGCCUGCUGUCCCCUCUGCAAGGCUGACUACUAUGUUCCCAAACCACGCCCUGAGGGUCAGCAAGAUGGGCAGAACUCCGCUGGCCAGUCACCUCUGACAUCUCCCCAGUUUGCAUUCAUCGGUGGCCGCGAGAGACGGCCGACAAUGGUGCUACCUGGUCGCUUCAUGAGCAUCGUCUACGAUGAGCGUGAUCGUUAUGGUUUCCCGCGAGUGGUCCGGGACGAAACGCCAGGCGAGCAGAGACGACGCUUGCGCAGAGAGCAGCGGCAACGCGAACGCGAAGGCCAACAGCAACAAGACGGCGAUGCCACACAGAUGGAGGGCUCGCAAGAAAGGAGCGAGCCGCCCCGAGGCUGGCGAAGCAGACUCCGGAUGCCACGACUCGGUGGCUGGGCAGGCGGCGGGUCUGGCAGUGCGAAUACGCUUGUGGCCAGCGAAGGUAUGAUGCCUAGCAACGAAGCAAGAAAUGGGCAGAGUCAGGCACCGGAAGUGUCUAAUGCCGCAGCGACUGAGGCGCCGGUCACGCCCGCUCACUUGGAAGCCGGUCGGCAGCAAGUGGACCCAACAACCAGGACAUAG